UUUAAAAAAUAGUAUAAAACCGAAAUGCUAUUUCAGUGUUCUUCAUCGCAUAUCGUAUUAUUCAUCAAAUACUUUUAGAAAAGAAAACACAGAAAUAAUGAAUACCUUAGUUUUUGCUGUUAUGCUUGCUGUGCUGGUUGUUUCAGCCACUGCUAACAGUUAUACUCAACGAUCACAAGGAUCCAGAGUUUUGGGAAGUAGAUGGAAUAGUAGACAGCUUAAUAAUGGAUGGAAUAGUGGUUGGAAUAGUGGACGCCUGUCAGGGGGAUUAAAUGGCGGAUAUCGAAGACACAAAAGAGCAGCUACAUAUGAUUCAUACAGAAGCAGUCAUUUAGACAGUGGAUUAGGACUUUUUGACAGAUGGGGACUUAAUUCAGGAAGGAGAUCUAAUUUAGGGUGGGGAUCUUAUUCAAGAUGGGGUCAACAAGGAUAAUAGGAAAGCCGAGGACACAAGGAGUAUAUUCCAAGAUAUGAACAAUCAUCCGGUUAUUUUUACUUUCUUUUAAUAAAAAUUGUG